CGUCCCCUUAACCCGCACCACAUGGGCUGCGCGGUGCCCCCGGCCCGCAGCCGCCCGCAGCCCGGCAUGGAGCCUCUGAGCGGAGCGCUGAAGAAGAGAGCGACGGAGCAGCACUACCGAGCGGAGGUGAUGAUCGCCGGAGAGCAGCUGAGGCUUCGCCUGCAUGAUGGAAAGCUCAUUAAGGACAGGCGUUACCACCUCCGAACUUACCCCAACUGCUUCGUGGCAAAGGAGCUCACGGACUGGUUGAUUGACCACAAGGAAGCCCCAGAUCGAGAGACGGGCAUCCGCCUGAUGCAGAAGCUGAUGGACCAUUACAUCAUCCACCAUGUUUGUGAUGAGCACUCGGACUACAAGGACGCCAAGCUGCUGUACCGCUUCCGCAAGGACGACGGGACCUUCCCCCUCAGCAAGGAUGUGAAGGUGUUCAUGCGAGGACAGAGCCUUUACGAGAAGCUGGUGAGCGUGGAGGGCUCCAUCCUGAAGGUGAGGGAGGAGAACUCGGUGAAGUACCAGCGGGCGUUCCUGGGCUGCGAGAUGGUGGAGUGGCUGGUGCAGGAGGGAGAAGCAGAGAGCCGGAGGGAAGCGGUGGAGCUGGGCCAGGCACUGCUGGAGCACGGGAUCAUUCAGCACGUCUCCAACAGGCACCACUUCCUGGACUCUGACAUUCUCUACCAGUUCUGGAUCAACUUCCGACGGCGGCGACGUCUCACCGAGCUGCUCAGUGAGAAUUCCUCCCGUGCUCUGUCUGAGAGCCCCGACAGCCCCUUCUGCCUCCGCAAGCUCAACCCAGAGCCAGGCAACACCAGCUUUCUCUCUGUCCAGCCCAACAAGGAGAUCAAAGUUGUCUCAGCAGUUCGGAGGAGCAGCAUCACUUCCCUUGCUGGAAACUCCAACCCCUACUUCAGCAUUACUCCCACUCUGGUUUUCCCUCCUGUGGCUGAGUGCAACCCCAAAUCAGUGUUAAAGAGACCCGUCACCAAUGAAGAGCUCCUGUCCCCUGGGGCCCCCUACGUCAAGAAGACGCUAACUAUCGUGGGGGAUGCUGUGGGCUGGGGUUUUGUGGUCCGAGGAGGCAGACCGUGCCACAUCCAGGCUGUGGACCCAGGAGGACCUGCUGCUGCUGCAGGCAUGAAGGUGUGCCAAUUUGUUUUCUCAGUGAAUGGCAUGUAUGUUUUGCAUCUGGACUAUCAGACCAUCAGCAGCCUCAUCAUGACCGGACCCCGGACUCUUGUCAUGGAAAUCAUGGAAGCCAUUGAAUGAACGGAGGAGCCUCAUCCCACCACCGUGUGGAGGAGGAGGGCACUGCAAAGUAGGGAUGGACUGUGGGCAGGGACCAAGCUCAACCCUUCACUCUGAGAUGUUUAGUCAGGCAUUUUAGCAUGUUUUCAAAUAAACACGUUCUAAUGGGUGAGUUUUGGAUUUUGAUGAUGUUGAAAUCUUCACCUCUAGCUGACCUUGAGCUCUCGCCACUCCUUUCUAAUGCUGGUGGGAGAGUUCAGUACUUGAUGAAACCAAGUCUUGGAGCAAGCCAGCCACCCCGCCAAGGCUGCAGGACAGGUGGUGCAAGCUGCUGAGCAGCAAGAAGUUUGAUACCAAGAAAAUGAGCAUGUCUGAGCCCCCCUGAGCUGUCUGUGCAGUCUACCACAAGCUCAACGAGCUUCCCAGAUGGCUCCACAAGCUGUGCCAUCAGCUGUGAUGUAUAUGCUUCCUUGUAAAUAAAGCCAUAGGACCCUGCUA